AAGGGCCUCUCCAAAACACACAAGCUAACUCUCAAGGCAAGGGAGAGAAUUGCACCUCUCGACCUGGACACAUUAUGAUGGUGCCUGGCGCUCACCUGAGCUCGUGCGUGCCCAGUUGGCCGGUUGUGAUAUGAAUGCCCACACGCUAUACAAUGGCACGAUGACGUCACUGCAAAGACUCGGUGGUAGGUUCUGUGCUGGUGCCGUCUCCUGCCGUAGCGUUUGCCCUACGGACGCCCCGAAGUAUAACGAGUACAUCACCAGUCUGACGAAAAAUCCUUACAAAGACCAUUUUCUUUUGAUGCCAAUGAAGCGCGUUGUGCCUAGCACCCGAUGCCGUCGCGCAUCUCUGCGCGGGCUCGCCUUCGCGCGAUGUUGAUGUGAUUCGCACGUUCAUAUGCUACAAAGGCUCAGCUGCAGAGAUGUACAAGACGUUGUUGCCUCGGAUGAACGCGUCGCCGUAGCGGUUGGUGACGGCGCCGUUGACAUGUUCCUC